AUGACCCGGCAGCACCUGCUGGGCGCGGCCGCGGCGGGCAUCAUCAUUACGACCAUGGCCGCCAUGAUGAGGCUGGCUUCCGGUGCGGCGCUGGUGGGCGGCUCGUGCUCGGCGCCGGCGGGCGGGUGCGGCGCUGGCCUGCGCUGCACCAGCUGCGUGGCUCCGCCGGGGACGGGCCCCGCCGCCUGCGCCCGGACGACGCCCAUGGACCCCAAGGCCGCGCACGGCGGCGCGCUGCCCUUCAACCGCUACUCGUGGCUGACGACCCACAACUCGUUCGCCAUGGUGGGCACCAGGUCGCCGCUGGGGUCCGCCAUCAUCUCGCCGCCCAACCAGGAGGACUCGGUCCCCAGCCAGCUCCGCAACGGCGUGCGGGGACUCAUGCUCGACGCCUACGACUUCAACAACGCCGUCUGGCUCUGCCACUCCUUCGGCGGCAGGUGCUUCGCCUUCACCGCCUACGCGCCCGCCCUGGGUUUGCUGAGGGAGGUGGAGGCGUUCCUGGCGACCAACCCCUCGGAGGUGGUCACCAUCUUCCUCGAGGACUACACGGCGCCGGGGUCCCUCAGCAACGUCUUCAACGCCGCCGGGCUCGCCAAGUACUGGUUCCCGGUGGAGAAGAUGCCCAGCAAGCCGGGAGCCGAGUGGCCGCUGCUCAAGGACAUGAUCGCCGACAACCACCGCCUGGUCGUCUUCACGUCCAGGCAAGGAAAGCAAGGGACCGAAGGGCUGGCGUACCUGUGGGACUACGUCGUCGAGAACCAAUACGGCAGCCAGGGCCUGGUUGAUGGCAGGUGCCCCAGCCGGGCCGAGUCGAAGCCCAUGGACUCGACGGCCCAGUCGCUGGUGCUGAUGAACUUCUUCACCACCAACCCCAGCCAGAGCUGGGCCUGCGCCAACAACUCGGCGCCGCUGCUCAGCAGGCUCAGCACCUGCUACCACGCCGCCGGCAACCGCUGGCCCAACUUCAUCGCCGUCGACUUCUACAUGAGGAGCACCGGCGGCGGAGCUCCCCUGGCCACCGACGUCGCCAACGGCCGCCUCCAGUGUGGCUGCGACACCAUAGCGUACUGCAAGUCAGGGACCUGCGCUAUGCCAUCAUCAUCAUCUUCUGCUACUGCUCCUUCUGCUUAUUGGGCAGCGGCACCGGCACCGGCACCGUCUCCAGGUCCUGGCCCUGGCCCUGCAGCAGCUCCAACUUCAACAAGAACCACCAUCUCCUCAUCAUCGUCUCCACCUGGGGCUGCGGUUGCAUCGUCCGCCAAAUAA